GGCGCACCUGGGCCUUGGCACCCCGGACCUCCACAAGCAGCGUCGACUUGGGUCAGUCAAAUAAUCAUCCACGCACGCGUUACGGACGGACUACGAUUGUUCACGGUGUCGCCCAGAGUCGCCCUUUCAUACGAAUCGCGAACAUCGAAUCCCUUGAGCCUCAUGCGGCCGAAAUAACUGCGCGUCGCAGCGACCGCCCACGUCCACGUCUGCACAGCAACAAGCAGCGCAGCUGCGAGGAUCCACCAUCAUUUAUUGGUCUCUCUUGGCCUCCAUAAACGACCACGAAUCCCAAGAUCUCGAUAUUGAGAGAUUGCUCGCCCUCAGAGCUGACGAUCUACGCGCCACGACAUCUCCACGACGCGCUGCGACAACACUACAUGAAAGCACUCUCACGAAGACAUUUGCUCAUGUACCGAGUGAUCUAGGGCUUUGACAUACCCGGGUUGCGAAACUGGCGUAUCUCGUUUCGAAAUUGGCGACGGCCGUCUCCUUCGCCAUGGCGGAGCCGGGCAGGCUGGUGGCUCAAACUGCUCCCAGCGCCGAGCCAGAGGAUAUCGAUGCGGACGGAGAGUACGAGAUGGACGAUGUACAGUACGAGCAGCAGCCUACAAUGGCCGACACACCAGAUGCCGACGGCCACACUACAGACGCCGAGGGCUCUGAGGUCGACGCUGAGGGAGAAGACGACGACGAGGUUGAGGCUGUAGGUGCCGUCAAAGUCCGUGCAGGUGCAUCGUCAGAUGAAGAAGAGGACGAUGAUAACGAUCCAGAUGCUGCAGUAGAAUCUGAAUCAGAUGCCAAGACCUUCAGUGAAGAUGACGAAUCAGAAAGCUCUGAGGAAGAAGAAGAGGUUCAAUACCAGGACGAAAGCGAGGAGGAAGGUGGGGCCGGGGCUGCUGAGAGCGAUCCUAAUGUUUGCAUAUACUGCAACCAGACUGAAGAGAACGACCCAAGUCCAGACUUCGAGCCAUACCUUGCGUGCUCUGUAUGCGGCGACCAUGCACAUCGGCAAUGCGCCCGCGACGCUAACACACUUAGCCCCGAUGUUGGCCCCGAUGAUGAAGCAAAACAAUGGCGAUGCAGCGCCUGUAUUCAAAAUGACGUCCACCGCGAGGAUGACGACGAAGAGGAGAGACGGAGAACCUCAGAAUCCCUCACUCGCCGCAGACUAUCAUCCGUACCCAGGCUUGCUAGAGACUUGCUUCCUUCAGUCCGAGGUGUAGAUCCUAGCGGUCACUCUAUCUUCAAGGAGUUGAUUCUCCCUGACGAUGCUCCGGAAGGUACACGCUCAUUACGGAAACGCAAAGCAUCACAUGAAGAAGAAGCGGCAGUACCCAUACCUGCAAGACAAUACCGAAGGAAGCGCAGGCCUUCCGAGGUCUCAAAGUCCGAAGCAGCACCUUCGAUAGCGCCUUCGUCGCCACAACUUUCCGUCGGAAAUGCCCUGACCGACGGUGACACCGAUGGAGAAGGACAAAACACUGCGUCAGAUCAGGAAGGUGCGCGCCUUCGAUCUUCACGUGCACGUCGCUCGGCGAAGCCUCAGAGAAAGGACAAGAGACCUCUCGUAUGGAUAGAAGAGUCUCAAGGUCUGAGUCUAAUCGUUGCUUUCCACCUGACGAAUGAGAAGGUGCAAAGGAUUGUUUCACAGAAGCCGAAGAGGAAGGUCCUAACUUUGGAACAAGAAAAACAAGAGCGGCGGCGAGAAAGAGAUCGAGAACGACGUGAGCGCAAUCGACGAGCAAGGGAGGCAGCUAGAGACUCACCAGACAUUGCUCAGUACCCCUCAGUGCAGCACCACUUUAGCGCACAGUUUCUGGGAAUGCCAGAAAAAGAUGACGAGACUAAAAGCAAACCCUACGGCGGUGUGCUCUCAGAAGCAGAUGCAGACACUUCCAAGACUUAUCCUUCACAAGCGGACAGGAAGCGCUUCGAGGAUGCACGAGUGAAGGCCGAGGCGGCAUGGAAAGAAAAACAAGACCUCUUGUACGCCCACCAUGAGCCCGCGAAACCAUCCAAGCAAGCUGCUGCUGCGAGCAAGAUUAAAUGCGUAAACUUUGGAGGGUGGGAAAUUGAGACGUGGCACGCAGCGCCAUACCCUGAGGAAUACAGUAAGAACCGAGUGUUAUACAUUUGCGAGUUCUGCCUCAAGUACAUGAACUCUGACUACGUUGCGUGGCGGCAUAAGCUGAAAUGCCCGGCUAAGCACCCUCCCGGCGACGAAAUCUACCGUGAUGGGAAAUACUCAUUCUUCGAAGUCGAUGGCCGCAAGAACCCAGUUUACUGCCAGAACCUGUGCCUUCUCGCGAAGCUGUUCUUAGGCUCCAAGACACUCUACUAUGAUGUAGAACCAUUCUUGUUCUAUGUUAUGACAGAAAACGACAACUACGGCUGCCAUUUCGUAGGAUAUUUUUCGAAAGAAAAGCGCCCGAGUUCGCUCAACAACGUGUCAUGUAUCCUUGUGCUACCGAUUCACAUGCGCAAAGGAUAUGGACAGUAUCUGAUCGAGUUCUCCUACCUACUUACCCGAGUGGAGAAGAAGACUGGCAGUCCCGAAAAGCCACUCAGCGACAUGGGUCUUGUGAGUUAUCGCAAGUACUGGCGCCUGUUACUUUGUCAGGAACUAUUAGAGCAGAAAGGACCUAUCAGCAUCGCAAUCAUCUCUGAACGCACCGGGAUGACGCCUGACGAUAUUGUGUCGGCACUUGAGGGGCUGCGCGCCCUGGUACGUGAUCCUAUUACAAAGAAGUACGCCUUCCGACUUGACCUCAACUAUUUCAAAACGUACAUUGAGAAGUGCCAUGCGGCUGGCAAUCCGAUUAUUAAGCCUGAGUGUCUUGUUUGGACACCAUACGUCAUGGGUCGAUUCGGCCAAUACGAGGAUGGGCCGGCACUCCAGACAGUCCAGCAGCGCGACGAGGUGGAAGAAGAAGAUAAGCCUGCACCUGAAGAAGGUGUACAAAUCGAUGCUAUCAUCGCAAAAGCAACCGAUGACCCGCUCGAAGAGGCAGGUCCUUCCAUAGAAGAAGCCGAUCCGGGGCCUGACAUUCCUCUUGACGACUCCGUCGAUGGUGACUCUCCAGCACCGCCCGGCACUGGCACUGGAACCCCUCUAGCAAACGGAUCCACGAUUGCGCUCGCAGGUUCUGCCAUCACUAGCAAUGAACCUGCGAUACCGCCCACGCGGUUUGAGAUAUUCCCCCCAAUCCCAGGGCAGCCUGUUACAAAGCGCCGACCCGGACGACCUUUCGGCGCACGCCGACGAACAAACACACCGAAUCGCAUUCGCAACACCUCACUUUCGAUACACACUGCGCCAGUAUCAAGAAUGCAACUAUCGCCAGUAAGAUCGCGGCGAGACUCGCCCUCACGAAAUGGCGCCAGGACGCCAGCGACUGUCUCCGUUCGACGUACACGCAGUAGGCUCGGUGAGAGUGUGACAAAUGGCGAUGAUCUUGAAGAGGGUGGCGAAGUCAAGGCAGUCAUCAAUGGCAGAAGAAGUACAAGAAGCUCAGCUAGUUCUGGAGGCAGCCCCCGAGUUAUCAUCAACAGCAACAGGGGUAAGGGCAAGGUCAUGCCGGUCGAAGAAGAACAAGAAGAGCUCGAAGACAUGGACGCUGACGGCGACUACGACGACGAGGCUGAGGAAGAGAUGGAUGUUGAUGCGGAAGGUGAGGACGACGAUGAUAUUAUCAUGGGUGAGGCUUAGGGUAUCCAAGUCACUGCAUUGCUGGUAUAUGACGGCCCAUGUCAAAUUUCCGGCAUGGCUAACGCAGAUUGAUUGUAAUUGUAGCGACGGGCGUUCUUGGGUGCAUUCCUUUGUCAUGCCCAGCUCAUUGUCAGUUUGCAUUGGGAUGGGUUUUGUAGCAUUAGCUUCUUCGACUUGGCUUAUUAUAGGGAGAUACCUUGGGACUCGCACAAGAGUAUGGAGUUGGAUUGGAGCAACACAUUCAAUGCCUCGUUACGAGUCAUCAUGUCCCUGAGCAAAUGCGUCUGGCGUGCAGCUGUCACAGCAUGACGGUAUAUGUUGUAUCUCCCC